AUGGUGGAGUCAAAGUGGGACCCACAGGAUGUCCUGAUCAUCUUCCAGUCCAUGUCGGGCGAUCAAUUCUCGGUUGAUUCUGAACAAAUGCAGUAUGUGGUCAAUAGACGUAUCACUCAGGGCAUUUUGUUCGGAACCAGAAUCGGAGCAGCAAUCAUCACCAUUGUGAUUCUCAUGAUGGUUUCAAAAAACCGGAAAACUCCUAUCUUCAUAAGCAAUCAAAUCUCCUUGGUUUUGGUCGUCUUGCAAUCUGCUUUAUACCUGGGCUACUUGUUUAGUCCCUUUGCAUCUAUCAGUUUCACCGUGGCUUUGAUUCCUGACACCAUUCCAACUUCCAAUUUGCAUCUCUUUGCAGCCACCAACAUUUUCCAAACCCUGUUGGUAGCAGCGAUUGAAGCUUCCCUCAUUCUCCAGGUUCGUAUUAUCUUCAAAAGCGAUAGAUUUAGGGCUGCUGGUAGAGCUCUGCUCGCAAUUGCAUCAGCACUAGCCGUGUCAACUGUGGUCAUUUUUUUGGUAUCUGCUAUCAAAUCCAUCUCAGCUGUUUACAAAAGCGUUGAUGCGGUUCCUGAUACGGUCUUCUUCAACAUUGGUGUUAUACUGCAGUCAACGUCGAUCAACUUUAUGACAUUAUUGCUCACAGUGAAAUUACUGCUAGCAGUGCGUUCCAGACGGUUUCUUGGUCUCAAGCAGUUUGACAGCUUCCACAUUUUAGCCAUUAUGUCAUUUCAAACACUCAUUUUCCCAAGUAUACUUUUCAUUCUGGCAUAUGCGCUAUCGGGAAGCCAAAACACUAGCUAUUUGAACAGUAUCGCUGUUUUGCUCGUCACUCUUUCUUUACCACUGUCGUCAAUGUGGGCCACAUCUGCUAAUAAUGGCUUUAGGCCCUCAUCUUUGAACACAUCCUUUUCACCAUCAAUCUACGAUGGAAGUUCUGGAAAGGGCGAUGAACCAAGCUUGUAUUCUCAGUCCGGCAAAUCUUCUGGCUAUCAGCAGAAUAGUUAUCAGGCCUAUGACUUGUACCCCAUGGCUAAAUCUGAAGACGUGCAUCUCGAAUAUAACCACAUGCGUGAAGCAGAAAAGAACGAUUGUCGAACCAUUGCAACUUCCAUGUUAACGGCAGACGAAAGUUACUCUUCAAAUUCCCACAGUCAAGGUACACAGCGACAGAAUCUCGAUCAACUUGAGCGCGUAAUGGAGUCUGGAGCGUACACCCCCAACACAGUUGAUGACGAGGAAGCUCGCAACUUUUGGUCAGGGACGAGAUCGUAA